GUAAUCACCAAUCGCAUGCCGUUGUUGCAAUUUCAAAAAUAAGCACAUUUCUAUUUUCUAUUUCAAUUUCAAUUCAAUCCUCUUUUUGUUAUUAAGGUUUUCCCUCCACACUCUAUCACUAAUCACUCUUCACACUCUACCACCCCCUCACCCAUCAUUCAAUUUAAAUUCAACAUUGUGCCACCUGCUUCAGACUGCACUUCACCAAACCACCAAUUCUCAGAUCAACAUAACCGUUCUCGUAGGUUUGAUUGCUAUGGAUCUGAAUUCGCAGCAAAGAGCAUUUUCAAUCAAAUUAUGGCCUCCUAGUCAGAACACUAGACAGACACUUGUGGAGAAGGUGACCAACAAUCUUACUACGAAAUCUAUUUUCACGCAUAAGUAUGGAACUCUGGACAGGGAAGAGGCUGAAAAAAAUGCAAAAAGAAUUGAGGACGCGGCUUUUGCCACAGCAAAUCUACAUUAUGAGAAAGAGCCAGAUGGUGAUGGAGGUUCCGCGGUUCAGCUUUAUGCCAAAGAAUGUAGUAUGCUCCUGCUAGAAGUGCUUAAAAGAGGACUUAGUAAAAACAGUGACAAAGAAGUGGUGAUGUCUGAUGAUACUGCUGUCCCUCGUGAAACUGUUUUUGAUAUUUCUAAAGGCCAAAGGGCUUUCGUUGAAGUAGAAGAGGCUCACGAACUUUUGAGUCCAUUAAAGGAGCCAGGAAAUUCUUUCACUAAAAUAUGCUUCAGCAACAGAAGUUUUGGAUUAGGAGCAGCUAAAGUUGCCCGGCCGAUUCUUACUUCCCUCAAGGACCAGUUGAAAGAAGUAGACCUAUCGGAUUUUAUUGCUGGAAGACCAGAAGAAGAAGCACUUGAUGUCAUGAGGAUAUUCUCAUCUGCUCUAGAGGGAAGUGUCUUGAAGUAUUUAAAUCUCUCUGACAAUGCUUUAGGUGAGAAAGGUGUUAGAGCAUUUGGAGCGCUCUUGAAAUCACAAGCCUGCUUAGAGGAGCUUUAUCUUAUGAAUGACGGAAUCUCAGAAGAAGCUGCUCAAGCUGUUGGUGAGUUGAUUCCUUCCACGGAGAAGCUUAAGGUUCUUCAUUUUCAUAAUAAUAUGACCGGAGAUGAAGGAGCACUUGCUAUAGCCGAGGUUGUGAAGCGUUCACCUUCCUUGGAGGAUUUUCGUUGUUCCUCCACAAGGAUAGGCGAUGAAGGUGGAGUUGCCUUAUCUGACGCUUUAGGGAAUUGCAUCCAUUUGUGGAAGCUUGAUUUGCGAGACAACAUGUUAGGCGUAGAGGGUGGGAUUUCUCUGAGCAAAGCUCUUGCAAAGCAUGCAGAGUUAAGAGAGAUAUACCUGAGCUACCUGAACUUGGAAGAUGAAGGAGCAAUUGCUAUAGCUAAUGCUCUUAAGGAAUCAGCUCCUCACCUUGAAGUUCUCGAGAUGAGUGGAAAUGAAAUUACGGUCAAUGCUGCUCCUGCUAUAGCAGACUGCAUAGCUUCAAAACAGUUUCUUGCCAAGUUGAACCUCUCUGAGAAUGAACUCAAGGAUGAAGGUGCAAUCCAGUUAAGUAAGGCUUUAGAAAGCCUUGCCCAGUUAAAGGAAAUCGAUCUAAGUAGCAACGAAAUAAGCAGAGCCGGGGCUCAACAAUUGGCUCUCACAGUGGUGCAGAAGGCUGAUUUUAAACUUCUGAACAUUAACGGAAAUGUCAUUUCUGAUGAAGGCGUUGACGAGUUGACAGAUAUAUUUAAAAACUCUCCAGACAUGCUUGGUCCAUUAGAUGAAAACGACCCUGAUGGAAAAGACGGCGAUGAAGAAUCUGAUGGAGAUGGUAGUGCGGAGGAUGAACUGGAAUCCAAAAUGAAGAACCUUGUGGUUGAUUAAAUUGUAGCAGUUGAGUCUACUAUACAGUUCUGCUGCAUGAGUAACUCUUAUGAAAUUAGUAUCAGUUUAUUCACUCUUAGAAUUAUAUAUGUAACAGUUAAGAUGCACGUACACAACAAUCAACCAUUGAGGGUAUAUCCGGACUAGAUAUCGUAAUCUUGUCUUCAAUGUUUAUUUUCAUUUCAUGAGAUUGAUGUACUAUUUGCAGCUGCAACUCCUGUGGUCUUGUUGUUAGUCUAAUAACACCUAGCCAUCAAUGCUGUGUUAUUCAUUAUUACAUGAACGCUGUGAGGAGUAUGGAGUUACUCUAAUGGCUGUUUACAUAUAACUAAUGCAUCUUGAUUAGGAUUUCAUUUGUUUAGGUAGCAUUUGAUAAAUGGGUAAAACGGAUCGGAAUAAACUUUCUUUUUUUUUUAA